AUGACUGAGGUGUCGGCUACGCGUCUCUACUUGGGCAAUUUGCCCAAGGGAGUCACCAAGACCGAUGUCGAGGCUCACUUUGCGACCCAUGGAACCGGCGAGAUUACUGAGAUCAAGCUCAUGAAUGGCUUCGGCUUCAUCGAAUACAAAGAUGCAAUGGAUGCCCGCGACGUUGUUCCUGAUGGAUCCGAUUUCAUGGGCGAACGAUUGACCGUCCAAUUCGCUCGUGGCUCUCGCAACCGAGAGGGCUUUGGCACCCAUGAGAGAGCACCUCCUCGCCCGAGACGCACCCCUUACCGGAUGCAGAUCACUGGACUUCCCAAUGAUACCAGCUGGCAGGACUUGAAAGACUUUGCCCGUCAAUCCAGCCUCGACGUCGUCUACUCGGAGACCGGCCGCGAUGGCAAGGGCAGCGGGAGCUUUGUCGAGUUUGAGACGGAAGCCGAUCUCAGAACUGCCGUGGAGAAGCUUGACCAGCGCGAAUUCAAGGGUCAGCGAGUGACCUGCUUGGCCGAUAUUCAAUCCGGCCCCCCUCCCGGUCGCGACCGUUUCCGCUCUCGAUCGCCACGAGGCCGUGGUGGCCCGUACAAUGGCGGCCCACCCAACGAUUACGAAAGACGCGGACCCCCUCGCGGCUAUAGUCCCCGCCGUGAGGAUUACCGAGGUGGCUACCGUGAUCGAAGUCCUCGAGGCCCCCGAGAUCCUUACUACGACGACCGCGGAUAUGGACGAUCGCCACCCCGACGUGGCCCGCCUAUGGAGGAUUAUGGUGCGCCCCGCGGCCGAGGAGGAUACGAUGACCCCUACCGACGAGAUUAUGGACCUCCCGAGCCAUACCCUAAUGGUGGAGGCCGACCUCCGUAUGAGCGCCCUCCGUACGAUGGACCUCCACGUGAUUACCCGCCACGCGAUCGCGGCUUUGGUCCACGCGACGGUGGUUACCCUCGUGGCGGCGAAGAUUACCGCAGAGGCGGCGGCGGCGGCGGCGGCGGCGGAGGUGGUGGAGGAUACUGGUAA